AUGGCAGAAUUAGAACACAAUGUUGACAUGUUGAGUGACAUUGACAGCGAAGAUGAUUGGGAAGAAAAUGGUGAGGAGCAGCAAAACAUUCCAUGUCUGUUUUGUACAGAAACCUCGUGCGGAUUUCCCACCGCACUGCACCACAUUGAGACUCUUCACAAACUUAACUUCUGCGAUUUUAUAAGGAAACACAUUCACGACACUUACUCCUACAUCAAGUUAAUCAAUUUUAUUCGCUGUAAGGAGGUAACAUCCGAGCAGUUAAGCGCACUGCGCUUAGAAGCUUGGGACAAGGACGAGUACUUGCGUCCCGUUGUGGAGGAUGAUCCGUGGUUGAUGUACGAUGUCGAAGACCUCAUCAGUAUCAAGGAUAUGGAUGAAGAGGAAGGAGGGAUGAACAAUCAAAAUAAUGAUGGUGUUACUUCGGAAACGCAGUACGAGGAUAUGAAGAAAACGAUACGAUCGCUGAAAUCGCAGCUGAAGGAGAGUGAAAUGACGUGCUUCCUAGUAAAACAGCAAAUGGAGGAGAUAAGAGACAAAGCUCAGAAAUUAAUAUUAGACGACGAUUUAGAUGGGAAAGAGAAGACUCUAGUCAAUGCUAACAAUCCCAACGCCGAUGAAGGCUACUUUAAUACGUACAGCCACUUCGCCAUCCAUCACGAAAUGCUGACAGAUAAAGUACGCACGGAGAGCUACCGUGAUGCAUUAUUAACGAAUUCGAACAGAUUCCAAAAUUGCACAAUGCUGGACGUUGGCUGCGGAACGGGUAUUCUGUCGAUGUUCGCGGCGAAGUCUGGCUGCCGCAAAGUUAUCAGCGUCGAUCAAUCCGAUGUGAUAUAUCACGCGAUGGACAUAGUAAGAGAGAACAAUCUCGAUAAUAUAAUCACAUUGAAGAAGGGGCGUCUCGAGGACAUCGAUAUAGGAGUCGAGAAGGUGGACGCGAUAAUAUCCGAGUGGAUGGGGUAUUUCCUCUUGUUCGAGGGGAUGCUCGAUACAAUCAUUUACGCUAGGGACCACUAUCUAGCACCCGGUGGAGUAAUUCUUCCGAACAGGUGCACGAUCACUAUCGUGGGAAGCGGCGACACCAAGAGAUAUAUCGAUCUGGUCGACUAUUGGUCGAACGUCUACGGCUUCAAGAUGAGCUGCAUGAAGGCGGAGGUGGUGCGUGAACCGAGCAUAGAGAUCUGUAAGGUCGACGACUUGAUAACAAGUACCGCCGAGAUUCAAGCCUUCGACCUGUACAAAGUCACGAUGGACUGCGUGAAUUUCCGCUCGUCCUUCACGUUAAACGUGAAGAAGACGGGAUCGUUGACCGCGAUAAUCGGUUACUUCGAUAUAUUCUUCGACCUGGAGAACCCAGUGCACUUCAGCACGGGACCCUAUUCCACGCCGACCCACUGGAAGCAGACGGUGUUCUCUUUAAGCGAGCCUAUUAGCAUAACCGAGGGUGAAGUCCUGACCGGCACGUUGGUCUGCCGGAGACACGUGAAGGACAUCCGAGGCUUAAUGGUUACUAUUCACAUAAAGAAUUUCUCCCAAGUGUAUUAUCUGGAUUGAACGUCGAACGUUGAAUCUUCCGAGACGCGCGCAAACAAUAGCCGUAUGUGCCAAAUAAAAAUAGGGUCCAGCUGUUGAUCUAACGAAGCUUCCGAUCUUCGUUAGGUGUCGUUAUACAGAGGACACGUCGCUUAAAUUAAGCUUUACGAAUUAAGCUUUUUCUCUCCAUACAAUUUAAAAUUUUCCAUAUAUAUAUAGCGUAGGGAUCCGUAAUAUUCGUUGGUGCAAACGGGUAUGCGACCUUCGCGUUUACUCGCGUUUGGAGUAAUUCAGCUGGCAAUUCAGCGCUGGAAGCAUAGAUGCAGAAAUAAUUUUUCAUAAUAUAUCGCUACGUUUUAUCGCGCGUUCGUCUCAUCUUUCCGCAACCAGGAUUACGGCAGUUCGGCUAAAGUAAAUUCGCCUUCGAACCUUCGUUACGCGGAGCGCAGUUACGGAGCGGAACGAGGUAAUCGAUCUAGCAGCUAUUUACAUUCGUGCCUUUUCGAUAGUAGAGCGAUUCGUAUAUCUCUUAAACCAAUUUAAUACACCACGUGUAAACUAGAUUCUAAGAAAUUUUGCAUGACCGAUAUAUAUAGAGUUUUAAUCUUUAUAGUCCAACACUUGUCGCGUAAGUACAGUUCGCGUUACAGAAAGAAAUUCCGCAGAGCUUAGAGUACAGACAACGAUAGAAUUUGUCCAACUUUUAUUAGAUCGUUCAAAGGGAUAUUCGGCAAUAUUUCUUCGAAAUUCCUCUCGAUUCUUGUUGCUUCUAGGAUUUUUCUCUUACAAAGUUUCAUUAAUAUCUAUCGAUAGCGAUUGGAGAUUACUAUUAAUAGGUGAUAUAUUAUAAUACUUCGAUCGUCCGAUAUUAAUAUCUAUUAUACGAAUUCUCCUGCCAUUCUUCUUGCAUGUGAUACGUACAAGGACGCGUUACGGCCGAAUUAUCGGACGAAUACAUAGAAGAUUGUUCUUGCUACCGAAUUAAAAUUACAAUCAAACGACUAAUAUGAUUCUGUGAUACGAGGGAAUUAGCUAUAGAACAUUCAUCGAGCGACAUAUCUCGCAGUCUAUAUACGAGAACGCGAUACGCGCGUGCACUAUACGCCUAUCUUAUCUCGUAUGUAUACGUAUACAUACAGCUUAUUGCAUAAGUACACAACCUGCUGAAUUUUAAUCCGGUAUGAAGAAGCCGCAUAUAAGUGUGCCGAGUAAUUGCGAACAUCGAUGAUUUUAUGAAAUGUACGCAAAUUGAAAUAAAUCUUUAGCAUCUUCA